AUGGAGCCUUAUUUAGGUUCAACUGGUGGCUCAAGUGAAAACGUUCAUGAUCCUGGCCAGUUCACUACUACACUGACCGUUGCUCCCUCCACGAAAAAGCCUAUGGCUUAUUUUGAUUUUGCUCAAACUGACUACGAAUGCUUCGAAGCUCUAGUCAACUUUGCUUAUACUUCCUACCUCGAAAUCAGCUCGAAAAAAGUUGCUGAACUGUACAAAACUGCUUUUGCUCUUCAAAUGACACCUGUUGUAAAAGCUUGCGCGAAUUUUCUUGCCGAUAACCUUAAUCUCAAAAACUGCAUAGGAAUUCGACGUCAAGCUAAUUUCAACAAUGAUGUUUAUUUAAUGGGAAAAGUUGAUGCAUUCAUACAAGAGAAUUUUCCAAAGAUUGUGGAUGAUAGUGUGGAAUUUACGCAGCUACCUUGCAUUAGGACAAGAAUCAUCGUACCGGCGGAGGAUGGCCGACCUGUCGAAAGAGUUUCCAUUGAAAGAGGAACGAGUAUCGCCCAAAGUACCCUUGACUAUUUCAAUAGGCUACCUCAUGAAAGAAUAGAACAUUCAAUAGAGACGCUAAUUCACAAGAUAGGAGCUUCAGUACUUAUUGUUGAGAUUUUUCGUUUUGAUGCACUUGUGAAAGUGUAA